AUGACCAUGACGAAGCUGCCCGUGGGCUUGGACCCGGUCCGCGCGCUCUACGUCAUCUCGUUCGUGGACCUCUUUGCCGUCUCGCUCAUCAUGCCAUCCCUGCCAACCUUUAUCAAGUCGCUCGGCGGCGAUGCACUCACGGUCGGCUUCAUCACUUCCAUGUACGGCGCGAUCCAAACGGUCACAUCGCCAAUGGCGGGCGUCCUCAGCGACAUUUUCGACCGUCGGACGGUGCUUCUCGUGGGUAUUGCGGGCGCCACGGUCGGCUAUGUCGUUCUCGGCAUGUCUCUGACGCUGUCCAUGGCGCUCUUCUCGCGCAUCCCGAUUGGCAUCUUCAAGCACACGAUGAGCACGGUCAAGCUCCUCGUGGCCGACCAAACAACUCCGGCACUUCGCGCCGAUGCACUUGGCAAGAUCAAUGCGUACUCCAACUUCGGCUUCAUAUUUGGCCCGAUCGUCGGCGGGUACCUCAGCAAUCAACCGCAUGGCUUCAACAUCACGGCCUUCCUCACGGCGAUCAUGUUUGUCUUCAACUACGCCGUCGUCUACACGAUGCUACCGCCGUGUCCUCCGACACCGCCCACGUCAUCACUCUCCAAGGCACCAGAUGCUACGGUCGAGGACCUCGAAGCGCAAGCGCCGUCGACGUCGCGGGACCCCGAGCCGUCGCUCCCCAUCGCCUUCUUCCACAAGAUCGUCGAGUACAAGGACAUUCUCAAAGCAUCUCCAAAGGCCCGCAACAUCCUCGCCGUGCGUCUCCUCAUGUCGGGCGCGUCCAUCCUCUUCCGGAGUCACUUUAUGCUGCUGCUCGAAGAAAAGUACGCGUCGUCGUCCAUUCAACGCGGGUACAUUCUGAGCUACACGGGCGUCCUGGCGGCGUGCAGCAGCUGGUUUGUCGGUCCCAUUGUCGCCAUGGCGCCGUCCGAGUCGACGCUCAUCCAGGCCACGAGCCUCGUCUGCGUCGUGUCCUUCUUGGCGACGGCCGUCUCCAACUCGCUCUGGAUGGUGCUCUUCCUCCAAAUCCCGCGCGAAAUCGGCAUUAGCAUCUUCCGCGCGUGCUCCCUGUCGAUGCAAACAGCGGCCGUACAGCCGCAGCACCUCGGCGGUAUCCUCGGUCUCUCGACCUCCUUGACGGCACUCGCCCGUACCAUUGCACCCGUGCUCUCUGGGUAUCUCUACAUCGCUUCGGUCGACGGUCCUGCGUACGGCGCGACUGUCCUCACGCUCAUGAGCAGCAGCCUCUUUUACGUUUCUACUGUCCGACCCAGUCACAAGCACAAACAGUAG